AUGAAAAGUUUAUACAGAAGAACCUGCAGAAAAUUUAUUGAUAAGGAAGUUGAAGAAAACAAAUUAAAUCAUAUAAUUGAUGCUGGAAGAAAUGCUCCUACUGCAUGUGAUGAACAACCAAUACGAUUUUAUGUUAUUAAAAACAAACAAGUUAUUGCUAGAAUCGCUGAAAAUUGUCAAGAAACAAUUUUUAACUUAAACCCAAAACUGUAUGAAGAAAGAAUGAAAACGUUAGGAGUUAAAUCAAUAUUAACUUAUGACUGCCCAUGUGCUAUUAUUUUAACAUGUGAUAAAUCUAAUGAUAAUGCAAAUACUCAUUUUGAUGUUGGUUUUAUUGCACAAAAUAUGUUAUUAGCAGCUAGUAUUGAAGGACUUGCAGCAGUACCAAUUGGAGUAAUAACAGUAGUAGCAGAUAAGUGGCUUGAUGCUUUACAUUUAGAAACGAAAAUAAAGAAAGAAGAGGAAUUACUUUUAAUGAUAGCUAUAGGGUAUGGUGAUGAAGAUUAUUUGUCAACAAUAGAACCAAAAGAAUUAAAAUCAAAAGUAGUUUAUCAUUAA